CCAACGUAACUCCUUUAUAACUGCAGCUAUUUUUCUUUUCUCUUUUCUUUUCUUUUAUCCCAUCCUGUUGUUAAAUCAUGGUAAAGUUUUUAGUUUUAUUAUCUACUCUGGCGAUUGCUGUUAGUGCCGAGGUUCAGUCUUCGAUUGGGUUAUUCAAUGUAAGCUCGCCAGCACCCAACGCUCCUUUUGUUGCAAGUCAAAUCUUGCCGUGCGUUUAUACCGUUGCAAGCAAUGCUACUCCAGAUAAUCUUCAACUCUCUAUUUCACUUAAUUCUGGCAAUGUCACUACUGUCAUCAAUCCUAGUGCGGAUAUUUCUCAAGGGUAUAGUUUCCAAAAAAGCAUUGGUGGUGCAACUGUUUAUGAACAUCAAUUUAAUUAUCAAAUUCCCACCAAUACAACAGCCGGUUCCUAUCAAGUCAUUUUUACUGAUAAUGUAUCUCAAACAAAUCUUUCAAUUCCUAUUAUUAUUUCUGCUGCACCACCUACGUCGUCUGUCCAAAAUCCUAGUGCAUCUGGCUCGAGUGCACCUUCUCAAUCAAGUACAUCAUCUUCCAUAUUCAAACCCAGCUCAGCCGGUAACACUCUCGCUAUACCAAAGGCACUGCUCUUCAUGAGCCCUCUUCUUGUAAUCUUUUAAGCCAUUCAGACUGUUUUAAUUUUUAAUUUGUGUACAGAAGUAUUUUAAAAGUAAUAAUAAACCCCUUCUUUGGAAAAGAACCACAGCCAUUCUUUUAGUUACACAAACUGCUUGACAGAUCAUGGUACCUUUAUUCAAAAAUAAAUCAAUACAAAUAC